AUGUCCAGUACAGAGGAAAUCACAUCCAAAUCUCCCGCAGUAGAGAGAUAUCUCUCCCCCGACAAAGGAACAUACCAAACUCCUCCCCCCUCGGCAUCACGCAGUGCCUGCCCUAUGAUUAACGCCCUCGCGAACCACGGCUACCUCCCGCGGGACGGUCGACAAGUCACUGCAUCCGACCUAGAAUCCGCCAUGUCUCUUGUCGGCCUCAGCCCGUCCCUAGGGGCUCUGUUCAGCAAUGCCGUGUUUCUCGAGCAUCCAACUCCCGGUUCCCCGAGACCGUCACUUUUCUCUCGACUUCGUGCCAUCCUGCAAAACCCGUGGGAGCUACUCCCCCAUCGUCUCGGCGUACUCUUGCCAGGACAAUCAGACACAUCCUCCACAGGAAACCCACAUACCAAGGCCAAAACACUCUCGCUAGCCGACCUCUCGCUCCACGGUGCGAUCGAGCAUGACGUGUCUCUCUCUCGCCGGGACGAGGCCCAAGGUGACAAUCACACUCCUCAGGCUGACUUGAUCUACGAGAUCAUGGCUUCGUCAAACGGCGAUAAGACGCUCACCAUGGACGACCUGUGUGCUUUGAGGAAACGACGCAUCGAGACCCAGCGGGCCGAGAACAAGGAAUUGCAGUACGGCAGCUUCGAACAUGAGUUGGGAUGCGGCGAGAUUGCGCUGAUCCUAAAGAUUUUCGGCGACGGAGAGAGAGUGAAGCGAGAGUACUUGCAAGCCUUUUUCGGUGAUGAAAGAUUGCCUCUUGCAGAAGGCUGGAAUAUGGAGAGGAGAAAUUCAUGGUGGAAGAGGUUGGGCCUUGUCGAGUUGAAAUGGAAGGUUGAGCAGGUCAAGAGGAAAAUUGGUAAGGUAUAG